UCUAAUCACAAUUAAUAACAAUAACGGUUUUCAGUAUAAAUAACAGUAGUUAUUAACCGUUUAACUAGUUCAUAGUUUGAAGCUGAGGGAGUUGACUAUUUUCAAACAGUUUGCAAAGUUAAAACUCUCUACAACCUACAAAAAUGGCUUCUGAAAAAUUCACGUUACCAGACGACUUUAUGAUUGGAACCGGAUCAAGUGCUUACCAAAUUGAAGGCGCAUGGAAUGCAGAUAACAAGGGUGCUAGCAUAUGGGAUUAUUAUUUUCAUACUAAAAAUUUUAUAACCUCCAAUCCGGCAGACUUUUUAAAAAAACCCCAAAAGAGGAAAUUUCCUAUGUAUCACAAAGGAACGGAUCUCCAUGCUUUAGAUGCAAUUCGUGGCUACUCAUUUAUCAAUGGAGAUAUUGCUUGUGACUCUUAUAAUAAACUUGAUGAAGAUAUAGAUAAUUUGGUUGAACUUGGAGUAAAUACAUACCGAUUUUCGAUAAGCUGGCCAAGAGUUUUGCCAAAUGGUGAUGACCGUGCCAUAAACUAUGCUGGAGUUGAAUAUUACGAGAAGUUAAUUCAAAAACUUAAAGAUAACAAAAUCAAACCAGUGGUAACAAUGUAUCACUGGGAUUUACCGGUCAGUCUACAAGAACUAGGUGGAUGGGCAAAUCCGAACAUUAUUGGAUACUUUAAAAAUUACGCAGAAUUUCUUUUCAAAACAUUUGGCUCACAAGUAGAACUAUGGAGUACAAUCAAUGAACCCAGAUUCGUAGCUUUGGCUUAUGGUAAUGAGGGCAUGGCGCCUAGUGUCGGUGAAAUGUUCAACGGAAUCUCUGAGUACAUGGUCAUACGCAAUUUAUUGCUUGCCCACGCAGCAGUUUAUAGGUUGUACGAGAAACAUUACGCCGAAUCGCAAAAAGGUGAGAUCAGUAUAUGUUUUGACACAGCGGCGUAUUAUCCAAAAAAUCCAAAACUAGCUGCGGACAUCAAAGCUGUUGAAAAAACAUUCGAUUUUUCGCUUGGAAUAUUCACUCAACCAUUGGUAGAUGGCACAUUCCCAAAAUCAGUUUUAGAAUCCAUCAAAAAAACAGACAAAUAUGAUAACAUAUCUAUGAAGCGUAUCUUUGAAUUUACCGAAGAAGAAAAGAAAGAUCUCAUAAAAUCAUAUGAUUUUAUUGCUUUCAAUUAUUAUGAUUCGUACAUAGUAGAAGCUAUGACCGAGACUGAUUACAGACAAGAGGCAUAUUUACUGAAUAAAGAUUUAGGAGUAAAACUUUCUCCGAAUGCAGAGAACUUGCAAGAUACCUUUGAUGGAUUUACUCAGGUGAUCAAUUGGCUUGUAAACAAUGUAGAAAAUCCGAAACUGUUUAUUGCUGAAAAUGGUAUUCCUGAGCAACCAAAUGUAGAUCAAAGUGAAUUGAAAAUCAAAUAUCAUCGUGGCAUUUUGACGGAACUUAACGACGCCUUAAACAGAAAAGUUAAAAUUACAGGGUAUUGUGUCUGGUCAUUUAUGGAUUCGUUGGAAUGGACAAGUGGAUAUUUUAGCAAAUUGUUUGGUAUAUAUGCAGUGGACUUCAACGACCCAAAAAGACCCCGUUCCAAGAAGCCAUCAUUUGAGUUCUUCCAAAAACUUUUCAAAACAAAAUCAUUGCCACCUAUCGAAUCUAAGAAAUAAUAUCACUAUGGACAAAUGCUUUACUUUAAAGGGCUUUAAAAAUUGUCAAUACAUACAUAGUUGUGUAUAAUUUAUUACUUAUUAUUGAGCUUUUCCUGAAAUUGUGAUUCAAAAUUGCUGACUAAAUUUUAUUGGUUUUAUAUAAUAUUAUAUUUAAGCAUUUUCCGCUUAAACUAAAAAAUACAAAAUAUUUAUUGGUUUGGUAUAUUACAGUUUAUAGUUUUAUAAAAUUUUAUAAAAUUCUAUUAAAUAUGUAUCAAAUAAAUAAAUUUAUUCAACUAUAA